GGACGCAAUUCCCCGAAGUGUUCUUACAUCCUCACUUCAAACACUAUAAAAAUGAGGGAGUUUGCACUGAGUUCCGUCGCUAUUCGUCCCUUGGACAGUACCUGUUCCCCAUUGAUUGCUUGCGUAUUGCUUUGACUAUGUCAGGAAACCCUUCAGUUGUUCUUAGAAAAGUUGGUGAGAUCGUUCUUGAAGAAAGACCAGAGCCGCAGAUUACAGAUGAGCGCUCUGUAAAGAUUGCCAUCAAGCGUACCGGUAUAUGUGGUUCUGAUAUCCAUUACUACACACACGGUAAGAUUGGAUCCUUCGUGGUGGAGUCUCCAAUGGUGUUGGGACAUGAGUCGUCUGGAAUUGUUGUGGAGGUUGGAAGCAAAGUUACAAAGUGUAAAGUUGGUGACAGAGUUGCAAUAGAACCAGGUGUUCCUAGUAGAUACUCAGAUGAGUACAAGAGCGGACAUUACAACUUGUGUCCACACAUGGCCUUUGCAGCAACACCACCUUUUGAUGGUACUCUGUGCAGAUAUUAUCUCUCUCCAGAGGAUUUUGUCGUUGUGUUACCAGACAAUGUCAGUUUAGACCAAGGUGCGAUGGCUGAGCCUUUGAGCGUUGCUGUCCAUGCCUCCAAGCUUGGAGGGGUUCAUUUCAACUCGAGUGUUGCUGUUUUCGGAGCUGGUCCUGUUGGAUUGCUAAGUGCUGCUUGCGCCCGUGCUAUGGGCGCAACGCAAGUCCUUGUUGCUGAUAUCUUCGACUCAAAAUUGGACAUUGCCCUCAACAUGGGGGCCACCCAUGUGCUGAACACAAUGAACGUCAAGGAUGUGAGAACCGAGGUUGAGAAGCUUCUAGGUAAUUAUCCAGACGUUGUAAUUGAAGCCUCAGGUGCUGAAAUCGCCAUUAUCAACGGAAUCAAGAUCUUGAAAGCUGGUGGGACUUUUGUCCAAGUUGGAAUGGGUAAAGACCUUGUUCAGUUCCCAAUUGGGCAAGUUGCGGAGAAGGAGCUCACCGUUAAGGGGAACUUUAGAUACUGUCACGGGGACUACAGGGAUGCCGUUGCGCUCAUGGCCUCGGGCAAGCUCAACAUCGAGCCUAUCAUCACUCACAGGUUCGCCUUUAAGAACGCCAAAGACGCCUACGACUUCAACCUGCACAAUGGUAAAGACGUGAUCAAAACCAUCAUCGAGGGUCCGGAAGAGAGCCACAAGUUAUAAACGGCACACGCUCUCUCCUUCCGUCUCUCCUCCCGUCUCUCCUCCCGUCUCUCGUCCAUAUAUAACAUCUAAUAUCACGGAAAUCGGUUUACAGUUCCUAAAGGAGUAAUCAUCGCGGGCGUAU